AGAUCAGUCUCCCCUUUUUUGACAAGCAUACCGACAAGCUUCUUGCAAUCUCUUUGCAAUCUCUCGCGCUACAAUUCUAUUGUUCUCGAGAGCUUAUUUUGCAAAGAUGAUCGGACCUACAGCACGCGUAUGUGUGCGAGGCCUGAGGAUUAACGUCACCAAAACAACUCGGAUCGCGCAGCUGCUUCAGAAUCCAAAGCGUGUCCAGGGCGUGUCAACCACCUUUUCUGGCCCACAAACCGCAAAAUGGAGUCCUCUGAGCAUUCGGCUCCAAUCGCAAGCUAUUCGAUCUUUUGCUACAGCGACAGCAAAACCAAAGGCUUCGAAGAAAAAGACAACAACAAGCAAGAAGACCAAGAAAACAAAGGCCAAGCCGAAAGCGAAGAGUGGUCGUUCGAAGAAGGUAUUGACCGAGGAACAAAAGCUUGAAGCACAGAAGAAGAAGGAAAGGGCGCAAAUUCGCCAAUUGAAAGCUACCGCGCUCGAAGGACCAAAGCCUCUCCCCGAGACCGCUUUCAUGGUUUUGAAUAUUGAGAUGAGCGAGGGCGGUAAAGGACUUCGUGCAAGCGAAGCUGGUGAGAGAUAUAGGUCUUUCUCACCAGAGGAGCGUGAGCGAUAUGACCGCAUUGCCGAGAAGAACAAGGCAAAUAACGAAGCCGCUCUCAAGAAAUGGAUUGAGUCUCACACACCUGAGGAGAUCCAGACCGCCAACCGUGCUCGGAGAGUUCUUAGUCGGCGUCUAAAGAACAAAAAGAUUCCAAUUCUCAAGGAUGAUCGGCAGGUCAAACCUCCUCCCAACCAUUACACGCUGUUUUUCAAGGAGAAGUACAACAGCACCGAGCUUCAAAGCUCUUCAUUCACAGAGAGAGGGUUGGCUAUUGCCAAGGCAUGGAAGGAAUUACCUCAGAGUGAAAAACAGAAAUACAUCCAGCAGGCAGAAGCCGAGAAAGAAAAAUAUCAGAAGGAGUUCAAGGAUGUCUACGGCCGCGAAGCCGGAUCCAAGGCUCCCGCGCUUACUUAGAGAUUGAAUCUUUCACACCUGGUUCUUUAAAAGAUUCCCGGCGAUUAGCGGAAUUUGGCAAAUGCAACUUCCAUGAAUGGCAAGCGUUUACGCCAUGAGCAUUUUCCUGCCCUUCUCAAUUCCCAAUUUCCAGCGCUUUCUCCUCGGUGUUGAGCUCAGCUAAUGCAGGAUAUCAUCUUACUUGCCCCGUUAAGGACCUGUUUGCUUCUUUCUCGGGUUUGUGCCACCAGUUUUGGACGGUGCCAGAUCGCAAACUCGAAUGUAGAGCAUCAAAGGAUUUUAUGUGGUCGUUUCGACGUCGUCUUUGAGUGUUCACCAUUCCCUUCCAAACGCCCCACUCUGACGCCUGUAUUAUAGCUGCUGUUCAGUAAUGCAAAGUUUAGAGUCAGUAAGACUUGAUCUUCCGGAUUGAACAAACAAUUUUCCUCUAACCGCCUAGAAGAAUUUGACACCCUGUUGGUCUUCAGACCCGAAUACCUGGGCCCUGCC